ACCGUAAUACAGUAAUACUUACCUCUCAAGUUUCGCCAAUUCCCCAGCUCCCUCUAUCCUGCUACCCCCUUAAACCCUAGCACCUGGAAGGUCCAGUCUGAGAGAUCUAAGCCUUUUCAUUCGACAAGCGCCCGUUAAAAACCUUCUGCAUACUGUAUCUCAUCCUCUGCCCUUGCUGUGAAUCCGGCUUGAGGAGCGUGCUUAUGAGCUGAGAUGGCUGGUAAUUCUCAGUCCUCUGGUUCACAGCCCCUUCAGCCUCCUGCAGUUGCAUCCUUAGGUCCUCAAAGCUUUGGUUCAUCUUUAUCUAUGCAGUUUCGAUCAGUUGUUCCAACGCAGCAAGGACAGCCAUUCGGUCCGUCUGCAUCCCAGCAGUUUCGGCCUUUAGGACAGGGUUUUCCUUCAAAUCCUGGGAUGCCUGCUGGUCAAAACCAGCCGUAUCAGUUCUCUCAGCCAAUUCAGCAGUUACAUUCAAGGCCAAAUCAGCCUGGUCAUGCUACACCGCCAUCACAGGCUAUGCAAAUGCCAUAUGUUCAGACAAACAGGCCACUUGCAUCAGUCCCUCUGCAGUCUCAGCAAAGUGCCCCCCCUUUAACCAAUCAUAUGCCUGGCUUGGCUGGAUCGGGUAUGCCUAUCUCUUCGUCAUAUAUGUUCGCACCAUCUUCUUUUGGCCAGCCACAAAAUAGUAUCAACACAUUGCCCCAAUUCCAGCCAAUGUCUCAAAUGCAUGCACCGCCUGUACCCGUUGCAGGGCAACCUUGGAUGUCCUCGGUAAAUCAGAGUGUAGGCCCUGUCACACCAGUUCAGCAGGCUGGGCAACAUCCCUCAGUUAGUUCUUCUACAGAUUCUGCAGUAAAUGCUCCUAGCUCCAGUCAACAGUUAUCUUCUGAUUGGCAAGAGCAUACAUCUGGUGAUGGGAGAAGAUAUUAUUACAACAAGAGAACAAAACAAUCUGUUUGGGAGAAGCCGGCAGAAUUGAUGACUCCAGUUGAGAAGGCUGAUGCAUCGACUGUUUGGAAGGAAUAUACUUCUCCAGAGGGAAGAAAGUAUUAUUAUAACAAGGUUACAAAGGAAUCUAAAUGGACAAUUCCUGAGGAACUGAAGUUGGCUCGUGAACAGGCGGAAAAAUCAGCUAGCCAGGGAACACAAUCAGAAACAAGUGUGAGUUCUCAUGCACCAGAUGCUGCUGCCGUAUCAGUUGAAACAUCUGUUGCAACCGUCUCAGUUAGCUCUUCAACUGCUUCGACAUUAGCUGGGGUGGCUUUGAGCCCAGUUCCUGUGACACCUGUUGUUACAGAUUCAAAUCCUUCUCCUGUGGCGAUUUCUGGACCAUCAGUCAUUUCUGGUGCACAGCCUGUUCUAUCAACAAGUACAGCUGGUUUUCAACAUCAGGCGCUAGCUCCUCCUCCACCUUCCACUGUUUCAGCAAGUACUGGAGUUCCUGCUGCUUCAAUAAAUGCCAAUUCAUCAUCGAUGAGCCACCUUGAAACCACAGCCUCUCAAGAAUUUCCAGGAUCUAUAGAUGGAGCUUCUGCACAGGAUAUUGAGGAAGCAAAAAAAGGAAUGACGGUUGCUGGAAAAGUUAAUGUCACUGCUUUAGAGGAGAAAACUCUUGAUGAUGAACCUUUGUUAUAUGCCAGUAAGCUGGAAGCUAAAAAUGCAUUCAAAGCUCUGCUGGAAUCUGUUAACGUGCAGUCUGAUUGGACUUGGGAACAGGCAAUGAAAGAGAUAAUUAAUGACAAAAGAUAUGGGGCUCUGAAAACACUUGGUGAGCGGAAGCAAGCAUUUAAUGAGUACUUGGGUCAAAGGAAGAAACUGGAAGCUGAGGAGAGGCGCAUGAGGCAGAUAAAAGCUCGGGAAGAAUUCACAAAGAUGUUAGAAGAGUCCAAGGAACUCACAUCAUCCACCAGAUGGAGCAAAGCUGUUAGUAUGUUUGAAAAUGAUGAACGAUUCAAGGCUGUUGAACGAACUAGAGACCGGGAGGAUCUUUUUGAAAGCUACAUGGUGGAACUUGAGAGGAAGGAAAAGGAAAAGGCUGCAGAGGAGCAUAGGUGGAAUGUAGCAGAAUACAGGAAAUUUCUGGAAUCAUGCAAUCUCAUUAAGGCACAUACCCAGUGGAGAAAAGUUCAAGAUCGCUUAGAAGAUGAUGAAAGAUGUUCACGUCUUGAAAAACUGGACCGUUUGCUCAUUUUCCAGGACUAUAUACGUGACCUGGAGAAAGAGGAGGAAGAGCAAAAGAAGAUACAGAAGGAGCAAUUGAAGCGUGCUGAGCGGAAGAAUCGUGAUGAGCUUCGCAAGCUGAUGGAAGUACAUGCUGAUGGUGGCGUUCUCACGGCUAAAACUCACUGGCGUGAUUAUUGCUUAAAGAUUAAGGAUUUGCCUCAAUAUCAAGCGGUUGCAUCAAACGUUUCUGGUUCCACGCCGAAGGAUUUAUUUGAGGACGUUGCUGAAGAGUUAGAGAAACAAUAUCAUGAUGACAAAACACGUAUCAAGGAUGCAAUGAAGUUGGGAAAGUUUACCUUGUUAUCAACAUGGACUUUUGAAGACUUUAAAGCAGCUAUUCUUGAAGAUAUUGGCUCCCCGCCUAUAUCUGAUAUCAACUUGAAGUUUGUGUUUGAGGAGUUAUUGGAGAGAGCCAAGGAGAAGGUGGAGAAGGAAGCUAGAAAGCGUCAACGUCUUGCUGAUGACUUCACUAAGCUAUUGUACACUUUCAAGGAAAUCACUGCAUCUUGUAAUUGGGAGGAUUGCAAACCACUCUUUGAAGAUAGCGAAGAAUAUAGAUCAAUUGGGGAGGAGAGCCUUAGGAGGGAGAUUUUUGAGGAAUACAUUGGACAACUACAGGAAAAGGUUAAAGAGAAGGAGCGCAAACGUGAAGAGGAGAAGGCCAAAAAGGAGAAGGAGAGAGAGGAGAAAGAGAAGCGGAAGGAGAGAGAAAGAAAGGAGAAAGAUAGGGAACGUGAAAGAGAGAAGGGUAAGGAACGAUCUAAGAAGGAUGAAACAGAUGGUGAAAAUGCAGAUGUGAUUGACAGUCAUAGCUAUAAAGAGGAUAAGAAAAGAGAAAAAGACCGGGAUCGGAAACACAGGAAGAGGCAUCAACCUGCCACAGAUGACGUAAGUUCUGACAAGGAUGAGAAAGAAGAGUCUAAGAAAUCACGUAGGCAUGGCAGUGACCGCAAAAAAUCAAGAAAGCACGCAUACUCUCCUGAAUCAGACACUGAAAACAGGCAUAAAAGACAUAAGAGAGAGCAUCGGGAUGGUUCUCGUAGAAACAGUGGAUACGAGGAACUUGAAGAUGGGGAGCUUGGUGAGGAUGGUGAAAUCCAGUAAGGCAGUACCUGAUAUGUUUGUUUCAUUCGAAGAGUGCUAAAAUUGACUUUCUGAUGGUUUAUUAUGUAAGCUGCAAGCACUUUCUGGUAGUUAUGAAUGCAACAGCCCCGGUAAGCCCCCC